GUCAGAUUGAUAAUUCGAGGGAAGGCCAUGCCUCUGAUUGAUCUUACCAAACAGCAAAGGCAAAUAUUUCAGCCAUGAUACAAUCAAACGAAUUGAGUCAACAAACUCACAAAGUACCUCCUUAUUAAUCAUGAUAUGGAUCUGGAUACAAUCAGGUGAAUUGGUUCUAAUGAAUGCAAAAGACGAUUUUCAUUCACCAGAGUAUAAUGUGAAUCUCUAAAUUUUGUUUUGUUGCCUGCUUUGCCUUGUAAAUAGUUCGACCAAAAAGCCAAACUAGUCUCUUCUGAAUCCAUCAUCUAUUGAAGAUCUACCCGGCUGUGCUGUAUAUAUUUAAACUAAAAAAAGUGAUCGGUACCUGCUGCAAGCUCUUUCAAAAAGACACAUCCUCCUCACGUACAAGUUGUUCAUCUUGUGACCCCCAGGUUCUUUUUUUAACAUCUUAUCACCCCCAUCUUCUUUUGACCUCAUUAUCCACAGGUUCAUUGAUCCGGCACAGAAAAAUGCUUGACCCAAGAUUAGAGGAAGAAUUCGAGAAGAUGGAUGCUAAACAGCUCCGGCACCUUCUUAAAUUGGUGUGUGAUGAGAAGAGUUUCACCCUGAAGCACCAUCGUGGAAAAAUCACCGUCAAACCAGGAAAGGUUUUCAUCAUGCCCGCAGGUUUUCAUGAUGGCAAAUUUAAAGAGUCUAACUUCAGGGAUUGCGAGAAUUAUGAGGAAGGAGAUGAGGAGGAUGGAAUUGAAGUUGAAGAUGUUCCAAGUAAAUCCAAGAUCGAGAUCCAGAAGCUUGUCAGAUCCAACAAGAGAAAAUAUCCCGGCUAUAGCUCCAACAUGUUCAUGUGCGAGAUUUGUCACAAUGAGUUUUGCAUCUACAAUAAUCCAUCCAACGAUUGUCUAUGGCAUACAGGUAUGUUUCAAAUUCACCAGCCCAUGCCAAUCUAGCUGACAAUACUAGGCCAACGAACCACGGAUCUCGAUGAUGUCAUCUGGGCUGACCAUAACUACGAAAAGCAUGGAGCAAUUGAAGACCGUAUAGAUCACCAUGACUUGGAGGAUCGCUGGAUUUGGUCUUGCUGUGGAGAGAUGGGAAGUGAUUGGGGAUGCAAGAUCACCAGACACAAGGUAUUGGAGGGAUUCGAAGAGUUCAAUAGCUCAUCUGAUGUCGCCUCUGGAGAUCUAUCCGAUGAAUCUAAAAAGCUCGACGAGGAUUUAGAUUCAUCUGGGGACCUGUCCGAGAAUUGGGAAGAUAUCGAGGAACCGACGGCCAAGAGGGUUAAGCAGUGAUUGCGGUGAUGGUUUAAUGAGCUCGGACGACGAAAUGGUUUUUGGGUAUUGCAUCGGAGAAAACAUCAAUCUUGUAUUUUGGGAUAUUGGUGAAUUGUGACGACGAUGAAUUAUGAUGGUCAUGUUGGGAAACUGGGUACUUGGCAGAUGGAGAAAAUUCCGUGCUGGAUUCCUUUGGGGUGCAUGGCUCCUUGUCGGAUGAAAGAAGCAGGUGGAUCUUGUAGUGAUUUCCGAUCGAGUCUUCAUUAUGAAUUUCGUAAUAUAGUAAAGCCGUUACAAAUCAAUCAAUU